UGUUUUCGCGCCAUCUCGAUUGUCGCGAUAGUUCGACCUAAGCGAUAUGAUACCUCCGAUCGAUCAAACAACGCGUCAACAUUAACCUCAGUAUGUUUGCAACCUCCUUUGCAUUUAAUACAAGCAAAUUUAGUAUUGAGAAUUAAUUGAUUAAAGUGUAUUUCUUCGACAAUGUCUUUAUAUACAAAAAGAAGAAGUUCUCUGCGACAAUCGUUGGGUAAAGCAUUAUUGAGGAAAUCUUUACUCGUAAUCAGGCCCAAUCGGUUGAGAGGUCGAUAUCUGUUUCGAUCAGCGGUACGACGCGUUCUCGAAUACAUGGAAUGGAUAACGGAGGAACCGGUGGUCGAGGAGAUCACCGACGACGUGACGAUUAAUAUCAGAAUGGCUCUUCAAAAAACCACAGAAAAGAAACUGCUCACGUUAGAGGAUCGGUCGAUAUUGUUAGUGAAUCCCUCCGAGAGAUCUUCUACUGAUAAGGCCUACAUACACGAUCUCAUGCGCAAAUUGCGUGCAUUCCCGAAAUAUUCGGAGGAGUUGAAAGAACAAUUAGCGGCGGUAUGCGUUUAUCAAUAUCUGCCAGCUGGUCGGGUGAUCGUUCGCCAGGGCCACAAGGCGAGAAAUCUUUACUUUAUUGCGCACGGAGAGGUUGAACUAUCGAAAGUAACGGUCGACCAAUUAACAGGUGACGAGAAAGUUGUAGAUAUGGGAAUCAUGCAGGCAGGCAACAUGUUUGGCGAAGUCGCAUUAUUGCACACGAUACCGAGAACGGCAACGGUGGUCACCAAAACAUCGGUCGACUUGCUUCUAAUAACUGAAGAUGAUUUUGACAGCAUCUUGCGUUACACGUUGCUGAAAAAGUGGGACGUUCUGCGCGACGCGUUAGUUCACUUCAAUUAUUUCAAGUUGUGGGACGAAGAGACGGUGCGAGAGUGUUGCAUUCUGAGCAAACUCAAAGAUUUUAAGCCCAACGAGGUUUUGUUAGGCGAUGGGAAAGGUAUGGUGAAUUAUGUGCACUUUGUUCUAAGCGGCGAAUGCCGUCUCAUCGAACACAUGCUCGUCCACGAGUGUCCAUCUUACCACGGAAUGCAAUACGAGUUGUACGAUUCCGAAUGUCUCGGGCCACAAGAACAAGUAGAAAAGGUGUCCAAAAAAGUCGCGGAACCUAACGAGUCGCCCGAACUGAAUUACAAAUCCAAUCGAAUGCGAGCCGAAACGCACACCGACGCCGACCAGUUAAGCAUCGUUACCACCACGCUUCUGGAUGUCGUUAGAGCGUGGCAUGAAAUCACUGAUAUCGCGGCGAUGUUAAUGCGGGAACCCUCUGUUACGUCUGAAUUGCGAUAUCCGAGCGAUGUUCGCACUAUGUUCAUGCAGGUGUGCAUCUUCUCCCGAGGCGCGUGCUUUGGUUUAGGAGAGAGAAUGGUUGAUCGGAGAAUUGUGGCAAUCACGCCAGUGCGAUGCUUCCUCAUUCCGCGGUACUGGCUGCUCGAGCACAAUCGUGCUAACAUUUGGGGGCGCGUGAGGUUGUUUAUGGACUCGAAGUAUCCGACGAAAAAGCAGCUGUUCGAUGAAUUUGUCUUGAAUCGAAAAUGGAUGACGUACAAGCAGAAUUUAAUGAAAGACAUUAUUAAACGACGUGGUCGUUAUCGUAGUAACACGACGAUACACGACGUACCGUAUUCCAUCAGGAUUACGGAUGAAAUAGAUCAAAUAAUUUAAUUAUUUCUUCCACGAUUUAUGCAUAUCAAAACAAUAUCAUUUUUAGUUUAUUAUUGGAGACGCAUUAUAAUAUAUUGCAUUAUGCAUAAUUAUUUUAUACCAGAGAUUUAUUAUAUAUAAUUUUAUUAGAAAUAAAAUUUGAUUAUCUAUAUAUAAUAUGUCUUUUAUAAAGAAUUGCAUUAUGUUAGCAUUUACAAGGAUAUACAUCACAUAUUUUUACUGCAUACUUUAAUUUUUUUUUUGAGAAAAUCUGUUCACAUUUUCCCUGUCUACACACAUUUUCUUUCUGAAAAUUGCCUUAUAAAAUAACUACAAAAUAAAAUAAUAAAAGUUAAUAAUGAGAUAUUAUUUUAUGAUUUUUUUAAGGAAGUUUAAGCUAGGAAUUAUAAUAUUAGCUAGAGACUUUACAUUGAUGUGUUAGAGACUUAGAAAAAUUUCAUUUUUGAUCAACCACAAUAUCCUGCAGAUGAUUAACGUUAUCAGGUACUUCUCCUUAAUCUUCGUACGAGUAAGCGAGUAUAACCGAAAGGAAGUCCUUCCUUGAUAAUAUUUUAAUUAAGUUUAGUGUGCUCGUUAGAAGUUAAAUUUUAACUAUAAUAACUAUUUGAAGAAUCAACUAUGUUAGACAGCCAACUAUGUUCAAAAGCAUCACUUAGACAUAAUUAUCCUUUAAUUCUGUUUUUAUAAAAAUAAGAUACGACAUUAUCAUCUGACAUCUUAUAUUUUUAACACUUGUACAAAACCUUAUCUUUAAAUAUGGCUGAUUAGAGAAAAUUUCCAUCAAUCGUGCUUACAAAGUAAAUAAUAAAUGAUGUGAGUAUUAAGUACAAAUUGAUGUGUUCAUCAAUUUUUGGUUGUAUCUUAUGUUAUGUGAAAAGUGAACAAUCGGGUAUUAAGCACUGUUGCACUUGUGAAUUCGCACAGUUCGUAUAUUUCGUAAAAAUGUUAAGUAAUUGAUCUGAAGAAAUAAAACAUUGGAUGUAAUUGUAUCGAGAAUAAAAUAGUAAUAAAAUAAAGAUUUAUAUCGCAUUGUCUUAUCCAAAUUUCCUAAAUCUAUCGUAUAUUCGGAAAAUGACAAGACACAUUAUUAUAAUAUAUAGGGACAGUAUAAUAUUCCACAAUAUUAAACUAAUUAAGUAUUUAGAGUCCAAUGAUCUAAUAAGACAAUAAUCUAAUUUACUGCUUGCACUUUUUGUAUAGGCGAAUUAUUAUUCGUACACGUAACUUACCGUAUUAUACAUACAACACAAUACAUAUUAUAUAUGUAUUAUUUUAUAUGUAUAAUACACAUUGAUUAUAUGUUUUUUUGUCUACAAUAUGUAUAUAACAAAGAAUUAGACUUUUCUAAUUCUUGCAUUUUCCAAAUAAGACACGUUAAUACUUGCAUGUCAACUUUAAACUUUUAAAGUCGAGGAGUACCGAUCCAUAAAAUAUUAUUUACUCGCGUAAUAUUCGUAAAAAAUACAAAGUUGUAUAAAUUACGUGGAAAAGCUAUAUAAA